GCCAAAUACGUUUCUUCAAUCAGCAUCACUACUGGCUGAUCUAUGACGAGCGUUCGGAUAUGAGUCGCUUCUAUAAAUUAUUUCAAGACGCCAAUCUUUCGGUGGACACACAUCUCACUUUUAUGGUCCCACGGGAGGAUCAAAUGGGCAUGAGGAAUUUGAGCAGAUCCUUCUACAUGGCCUUCGAUGUCUACAACAAUGGAUGGUUGAUUGGUGGAAAAUUGAAUAUUAGCUCCAAUUUUGAAUUGAGUUGUGGCAAGGAGGGCUGUUAUAAAUCGAAAUUUCUGACGGAUUUGCACAAGCGCUCACUCACGGGAAAUCGGGAGGCUCUAAGGGAUGUGGUCAUGAGGGUGGCCGUGGUGGUGACCCGAUACGAUUUAGAUGCCCCACCGGAGGAGAUAAAUAAUUUUCUACUGACCCAGGAGGAUUUUCACAUUGACCCCUUGGCUAGGCUGGGAUUUCAGGUGCUGAGGCUGCUACAGGAGUCGCUGUAUACCAAUGUCAGUUACACCUACUACGAUCGCUGGACCGAUGUGGAGUACACGGGAGGAAUUGUGGGUUCCUUGGUCAACGAGACAGCCGAUCUGACCUCGGCCCCAUUUUUCAUGUCAGCCAACCGCUUUCGUUUUCUCUCCUCACUGGCAGCCACUGGGGAUUUUCGUUCGGUUUGUAUGUUUCGUACCCCGAGAAAUUCUGGCAUGCAUGGUGGGGUAUUUUUAGAGCCUUUCAGUACAAAGGUUUGGAUUCUAUUCGGCUGCAUUCUAAUAUUGGCUGGAGUACUCCUUUGGCUGGCCUUCUUUAUGGAAUACCAUGAAAUGGAAAGAUAUAUUCGUACCUAUAUCCCCUCGCUGCUGACAACUUGUUUGAUCAGCUUUGGCUCGGCCUGUGCCCAGAGUAGUUUUCUAAUACCCCAUUCUUGGGGUGGGAGGAUGGCCUUCAUUUCGCUGUCGAUAAUCACCUUCAUUAUGUAUAAUUAUUAUACAUCGGUGGUGGUCUCAUCGCUCCUGGGAUCGCCGGUGAAGUCGAAAAUUAGGAGUCUGAGGGAAUUGGCUGAUUCGGAUUUGGAGGUGGGAUUGGAACCGUUGCCCUAUACCUACACGUAUUUGAAUUUCUCCUCCCUCCCCGAUGUCCAGUAUUUCGUUCGCACCAAAAUCACCUCGAAGAAGAACAGCGAAAGCCUUUGGUAUUCGGCCAGUGAUGGAAUUAUAAAAAUGCGCCUCAAACCCGGUUUUGUAUUUGUUUUUGAGACUUCAACGGGUUAUAAUCUGAUUGAAAGGAUGUAUGAUGCUCAUGAGAUAUGCGACUUAAAUGAGAUUCUCUUUCGUUCGGAUACCCUGUUGGCCACGCAUUUGCAUCGGAAUUCCAGCUACAAGGAGAUUGUGAGGAUGAAAAUUAUUCGCAUUUUGGAAACCGGUGUUCAUUCGAAACAUCGCCGCCAAUGGGUGCGCACCCAUUUGAAUUGUUUUUCGAAUAAUUUUGUCAUCAACGUGGGUUUGGAAUAUACGGCCCCGCUAUUUUUGAUGUUGCUGUGCGGUUAUGGUUUGGUAUUGAUUUUGCUGCUGUUCGAGAUUGUAUGGAAUCGCUGGGAAAUGAAGGCGGAAAGAUUUGUUGCUCCACAAAUAGUCUGUAUUUUAAGGCUCAGGAUAUCACAGGGUGUCCUUGCGACCAUCGCAUCGAAAAAAAUGGUAAAUUUGUCAUUACUAAAUUUCGUGUUAUAUAAUUUUUUGGCCAACCGCUUGAAAUGGGUAUUGAUUUUCAAUUGCUGGAAUGGGAAUGCCCAAGUUAAGCUCUCCGAUUUGUUACUGAAGGAAAAUAUCUAUGCCCAAUUUUGGAAAAUCAACGAUGUCCAAGAAAGUGAGGUUAUGGCGGAAUCCUAUUUUAAACAUCUAUCACCUUUGGUGGGGGUGUAUUUCGAUUUCAAUUGCCUGAAGUCUGAGGAGUUUUUGAGGAAGGUCAGCGAGCAGAAACUUUUCCGCCAACAUUUCCACUGGCUAAUCUAUGAUGAGAAAUCGGAUUUUGCGAAAUUUCAUAGCCUUUUCGAAAAUUUCAAUAUGGCUGUGGAUGCCGAUGUGACCUAUGCCUUUCCGAACCCUGCAAUUGUCAAUGGCCCCCAAAAUAUGAGCUAUCUCACCUAUGAUGUCUAUAACAAUGGCCUUUAUUUGGGUGGCAAAUUAAAUAUGACCGGUGACGAGGAGGUCAAUUGCUCUCCGAAGGGGUGUGAGCGUAAACGUUAUCUCUCCACUUUACAUGAGAAGACACGGAAUGAGAAUCGUUGGCUAUUGGGGGAUAUUACAAUGAGAGUUGCCACGGUGACCACCUAUUUGCCCCUUACAACUCCUCCCGGGAAAAUUUUAGAUUUCUUGGCCAGCGAUGAUAAUAAGAACCGGGAUGCCAUUGCCCGUUUUGGAUAUGCCUAUAUUAUGAUACUCAAGGAUAACAUGGGAUGCCAGUAUACCCACAACUACACCAAUACCUGGAGCGUUACCGAGGCCACGGGCGGCGUAGUCGGACAACUGGGCAUGGACCAGUCGGCCGAUAUCUCCUCUUCCCCGUUUUUGAUAUCGAAACUCCGUUUGCAUUAUGUCAAACCAACAAUGCCCCUGGGCAAUUUUCGUCAGGUUUGCAUUUUUCGUACACCCCGCAAUGCUGGCAUAAGGGGUGAGGUAUAUUUGGAACCAUUUUCCGGCAGAGUUUGGUUAAUUUUCAGUGGCAUAAUUCUGCUAAUUGGCUUUGUUUUGUGGAUCACAUUUGUGGUGGAAUAUCAUCAAUUGCGUUUAUAUUUAAAUUUCCUACCCUCUUUGCUGAGCAGUUGUUUGCUGGCCUUGGGUUCGGCCUGUUGCCAGGGUAGCUUCUUGGUACCCAAGUCCACGGGGGGCAGGAUGACAUUUUUCUCGCUCUCCUUGCUGACUUUUAUUAUUUAUAAUUAUUAUACAUCGAUUGUGGUUGCCAUACUGUUGGGUUCCCCCGUCAAGUCGAACAUUAAGAGCUUGGCUCAGCUGGCCGAGAGCAAUUUGGAUAUGGCCCUGGAGCCAAUACCCUAUACGAAGGCGUAUUUGAAUUUUUCAAAACUCCCCGAAAUUCGCUCCUUGGUACGAAAUAAAAUCCAAACGAAAAAGGAUCCCAAAAGCAUUUGGCUACCCAUAACAGAUGGUGUGCGUCGGGUACGCGAUGAGCCGGGAUUUGUGUAUGUCACCGAAUCCUAUUCCAGUUAUAGUCUAAUUGAAAACACCUAUACGGCCAAGGAAAUAUGCGAUCUCAAUGAAAUUCUGUUUCGUCCACAAGAGAUUUUGCAUGAGCAUGUUAAUCGGAACUCAAGCUAUAUUGAGUUUAUCAGAUAUAAGCAAGUUCGCAUCUUUGAAUCCGGUGUACAUCGCCGCUUGCAAGGCAUUUGGGUGAGGACCCGUUUACCCUGUUAUCUAUCAAGUGGUGCCUUGGUCCAGGUCGGCUUGGAGUAUACAGCUCCGUUAUUUAUAAUGCUGGCCUGUGUUUAUGGUCUGGUUUUUAUGCUACUCGUCUUGGAGGUACUAUGGCAUAAAUAUUUGGAUAAUAUGGGAUUAAUGGCAAGAAUCAGAGGAGCCGCCAUGGGAAAUGAGUAAUUUGGUAUGGAGUAUUUCCCUGGACCUUGGAAAUAUAAAUUUCUUUGAAAUAGCUGCACCC